GUCGCUUUUCGGCAGAAAUUGUUCGGCCCAUCGGCAUGGAACGGCUCGUGGCAGGCUACGGCCGUAAACUGCAGCGCCGCCCAGCAACACUCCAAUUUGCCUCGUUGUGAUACACAUGUCUUAAAGACACCCAUUCCCUGCUGUUAUCUUCCUUCUGCUAUGCACAGUUCCCACCCAUUCAUCUGAACGAUCAGCCUUUCUCAUUCGUCUCUAAUAGUCGGUAUAAUGUCAACAGAAGCGCCUGUCAUAAUUUCCGGCGAGUCGUCUGGUACGGUCGUCGCACUGGAGGAACAAGCGGCCGUCGAUGCGCACACCAGCCCUAACAAAUCUGUUGCGAUACAACCUAAAUCCACUACCGGCGGUGAAGAGCAGGCUUUGGAGUCUCAUGAGGUCAUCGAGCUACAGACAUUCAUCGAGAGGAAGGCUUGGAUAGAAGAGAAAAUCAAAUUCUUAGAAAAAUUGCCGCCUAUAGAGGUGUUUGUCGGACUAGAGGCACUGCAAGCAUCUGCGGAGGACGUUCCCGGUCUGCCUUCCCGGUCUGAGCUGCAGAGAUGGCUGCAGGACCACGAAUCUAUAGAGAAGGAGAUUGAAAUAUUUGAUACUGGCGAAUUGAAGAAGCUAAGGAAACUAACCAGAGCUGCAACUCAACGAAAUCUCUCACCGGAGGAUACCGAUCUCAUUGAGCUGACGCUAACGACUAUUUAUGAAUUGGACAAAUUGCUUCACCUACUCCGCGAUCGUUCUGAGAACUUGGAUUUGUUGGGUGUGAGGAUUUCGUGGGAGGAAAACCGGGUUGCCGCAUGGGUUGAACGCAGGCGAAUCAUCACAGACCUCAAUACCUUUCUAGAGAAUCGUGCUCGAUGGUCAGCAUCCUUCUAUGAUGCCCCAGUCAGCACCGCAGACCCCAAGACACCUCGACGGCGAGGAUCUGCUGCAUCUCUCGCGUCCAUCGCUUCAGAAAACGCGUUGUCGUCUCCGGGGUUCUCUCGGUCGGUCAGGUUCACACAGGCAGAGGCACUGUCACGAGACAGUGCUCAGUUUGCUGGCCGUGUCACCGCGCUUAGACAUGGGAAUAUUUCUGCCGCGGGCAAAAUUCUUGACAAAAUGAUUGAUCAUAGUCGUAAACCUGUUCCCGAUCAGCUGCUAGAUGAGCAGGACAGGCUUGAAGAAAUGGGGAUCACGCAAAUGGAAGACAUUGGCAAGUUCGUUAUGAAAGUGGUCAUGCAAUGGAGAAAAGCGGAUGAAACAUACGUGGAGACAAUGAAAGAUCAAGUAACAGCGCAGACUCUACUUGACGACAUUGACGCGGCAAGAUCGACCCACCCGACUGGUCGCCAAAGUGCCUUGUUCGUGACUCGCGCCGACGCGCUCCGCAAGAGGUUGUUAGUGAGAGGGGAUCCUGUUUCUCAACCAUCCACGUUACCGACACCAGUUCAUCCAUUAUUUCCCGAGCAACAAUCCUUUAACAAAACCCUUGCUCAGCAACUGUCUACCGAAAUUACUUCUGCAACGACAGUGUGCAAGAUGACCGAAGCGGCGGCUGCAGAUUAUCGUUCGAUAUAUGAAGCUGUUCAUGCUUUCGAGGAUAUAACCCAAUCUGCCGAAGAUUUGAGUGUCAAACUGUUGGAUAUAACCCAAAGGCUAGAAACGGGGGUCCCCUCAAAUAAUGGGGACGGCUCACCUCCCGAUCUGCUUUUGGAUGACUGUCUCGAACCGACAAAGCACUCCGUAUAUCUUGUUUUGAUGCCGUCUAUUUUUCAGGAGUUGCAAAGCGUGGGCACUGUUGCUUCUCAGCUUGUGCGGAAAGUACCAGCAGCUUUGCUUCGCCUGAACUUUCCAGCUGUAGAUCCUGAUUUCCGGUCCAAAGGUGUCACGGCUGUUGAACAACUAAAGGACCGUCUAGCAAAGGUGGAACAGGUCCGUAUAGAUAUGGUUGCGCGCGCAGAGAGAUUGAAAGAGGCGAGACGUAUACGAACUAUCAUGGACAUACAUUCUCGAGAUUUGCGAGCUUUCCUCAAAGAAGUCAGUAUGUCCAUGCAGAAACAUAGAUGGAGGCAGGAUGUAGAGCACAAUAAUGCUCCCCUUACGCCAGAGAGCCCCCCGAAUAUCCCGUUACCGGCCGACUCGUCAGACCUAGACUUUCACCAGCAGCUUGCUGGGUUUGAUACCAGAUUUAUCAAGGAUAUUGAAUCACCCCUGGAUGUUCUGUGCCAGACUUUGGAGAAGCCCUUGGCAGAGUCACUCCGCCAAACCGCAUCUGAACUGAAGGUGUUGUCGAAUUGCGGCGGCGAAUUCGCGCGCCUACUUGCCUCGAUCAAGGAACAAGCGACAUCCAUGAUCGGUAUCAAAGCAGAGAUUCACGCGUUCCAGAUUCGCAUCGAAGACAUCAGGAUGCAGUACGAAUCAGCUACUCAAGAUUAUCUAUCGGGGCAAGCGAGUGUCGGUCUUUCUUUGAAUGACCACGCAAGCCUGGAGGUCUCCCUCAAUGAUGUCCGUUCUGGGGUUAACGCAUUUUCUGACAAGCUGCCGCAGCGGAUUCAAUGGAUCGAAACUGGAGCCAAGUCUACAAUAUUCCCUUCCCCUGUUCCACUUCCAUUCGCCUUGCGUUCAUUGGACGACGCCGUUCGCCAUGAUUGUAAUGCUUUUAUCAUGAGAUUAAACGGUGACCUGCGCAGUCUGGAGCAGAAGGCCGACCAUCUUCAUCUGGCAAAACUCGCAAAGGAAGUCGAUUUGUGCCUAUCCGGAACCAUUGAUGAUAUUAAUGAUGGCAUACAAAAGCUGUCCGGGCUGAGGACCUCUUUCGCUGCAGCACCAACAGAGGAACCGGUCUCCGAGUUUCUGCAGGCUUUGUUCACCUCCGUAGAUGACAUCUUGCAAGUACAUUCCACUCGUAUCAGGAGGUCGUUUUCGCCUAUCCGUGAACUGUUGCGAAGCAUAAGCACUGCUCAUGGUGUAAACGAUACUGCUGUCCAUGAGUCUCUCUUUCUUUCUCGCACCCGAGCUGUGGAUGACGCGGAACUCAAGUUCACGACAUGGGACCACAAUGUGCAGUCUUUCCGCAACAUCCUAUCGGAGGCGCAGCGUGCUGAGGAGGAAAGACAACUUGAAGCCGAACGCCGUCUUAAGGCAGAGCAAGAGAGGCUUGUUGCUGAAGCAGCAGAGAAAGAACGAAUAGAGCGCGAGAAAAAGGAGGAGGAGCGUCUCAAGGAAGUACAAGAGCUAGAGCGUCUUCAGGAAGUGGAAAGUGCACGCCUAUUGGCGAUGGCGGAGGAGAAGGCGCGGCUAGAGGCUGAACGGCAAAGAAUUGCAGAUCAAGAAAUUGCAUUGGCCGAAGAGGCGAGGAGGAACGCCGAGCUUGAGGAACGAGCCCGGUUGGAACGAGAGCGCUCUGUUAUGGAGAUCAAACUUAAGAAGGCCGAGGAGCAGUUAGCUGCAGAGCGGCAAUCUUAUGCUGAUCACGUUGCCGCAGAGUCACAAAAGAAGCUAGAACUGGAGAGUCGCGCGGCUGAAGCGAAAAAGCGAGCCUCCUCCGCCGCUCCUGAACCUCUAGAAGACGUUUUUGGCUUGAAGCUCUCACCGAGCGACGCUCGUCCGCAAAAGUCGCAGGCUAUGAUCGAUUUGCAAGUUCAAAUUUUGAACUUGCGUAAAAGACUGCGUUCGAUAAGUAUAAGCUCAGUCGCUCGAGCAACGUCCGCAUCUUCGCCACUUCCCACCUCAGAUUUGGUGGAAGGCAUGAACCGUGAAUUCUCCCUUAUCUGCAAAGAGGUGGAGCAGCUGCCGUCUCCUGUUGAUGAUCCAUCUGUACAAUUGGAGUUGGAUUCUUUGAAGCAAGAACUAGAUGCGUCCUCCAUUCUUAUGGAUCGUAUCAAACAUUUGUUGUCUUUAUCCAAUUCUCUAUCUCUUUGCGAUAACACUCUCAGUGAUCUUCUGGAGCAUAUCGAUAGCUACCCAGCCCUUCCUCUGGGCCCUCUAUCGUCUCCGCACAUUUCGCCUGUGAAUCGGCCUCCAGAGGAGCAGCUGUCAGCACGUCUUACCUUCACCAAAUCGACCAUCGAUAACAUGGACACUAUCUUUCAAUCAGUUUCUGAAGACAUCCGCGCCAUUGCUGAACGAGAACGCGUCCUUCAGACUUGGAGCGAGCUACGAGACAUGGCACAAGACCGUAUCACAGGUCCAAAGUCGCGACCAAGUAGCGUGAUUAGCUCGGGCCAGAAUAGUUCAGGUCGUAACAGUCGUGUAUCGACAGUCGGUACGAGACAACCCUCCAAGAAGAGUGCUACUUAUUCGAACCUGUCGGUACCUUCUUCCUCUCGUGGUGGUUUAAACAUCCCUCCUUCUACUCCUUCUCGCCGGGCUAUCUCGGGCGCAACUCAAACUCCCUCUCGUUCCGUUAGUCGGAUAUCCAAUGUGACUUCCAAUAGGUCCACAUCAGGCCCCAUAAGCCUAUACGGAUCUACCUUUGCGUCUCGCCAACGAACAACUAGUUUGAGUUCAAAGGCUGAAACACCAACUAGAGGGACGCCCAGCCGGGCUCGUAUGCAUACACCCUCUCUGAAGCGCAGCGCGACUCCUGGUCAUUCCGACAUGUCUAUGUCAAACGUUGCUUCUCGACCUUCAUCAUCAUGGUCUCGUGCUCCGAGGAUAUCCUUUCCGCGAGGUUCAACUCCCCAAAGACGCCCACCAAUGCCCACUGCUCCCAGGAAAACAUACGUCGCGAAUCCCAAGAGUAAACUCGACGUGGCAGUCGGAGAUGUUGUCAAUAAUCUUCCUGUCGGUAUCAACAUUGAAGGUAUAUCCUGGAAAGAUCAGAGUGGUAAAUACUGGAUUGGCGACAAUGACCCCAAACUAUGCUUUUGUCGCAUAUUGCGUUCUCAAACUGUCAUGGUGAGGGUGGGCGGUGGUUGGACUGAGCUAUCGAAGUUUAUUCGAAGUCAUUUUGCGGAUAGUUUCCGGCUUCUCACAGAGUCGCCUCCUCCAAUGGGCCAUCGGGAAGAAAAAUGGAUUAGCUCAGCUACUUUACUAGAAACGCCAGAGCUUGCGGAAGUUGAGAACGAGACCGUUCUCUCGCCUCCUCGUCCGCCUCGGACUCCAGAGCCCCACAAUUCUUUCCUGCCUUCGUUCGCUCUUUCCACACCCUCGGGCAAGAGCCCCCAUUCUAUAAAAUCUACACCAUCGUCUAAAGGCUCUCCUUUGACACCAUUACAAUUUAUGCGGCGUGCAGAUCCAGAGACGUCUUACCUACGUCCUAUGACGCCUUCCAAGCCUCCUGCGGCUCGUUCACGGACCAAGGCAUACACACCUGCUCGGAAUACUAUCUGGCGGCCAUGAUUAGGGUAUAUCAUUAUCUAGGACGGUUUUCAUCGUGUAUUUUUUUCUGCUAAGUUAUUCGCCAUGGGACGAGACAAUACUCGUUCAAGGUUCUGCAUCAUAUACGUAAAAUUUGACAUUAUCGCAUAGUAUUUGUUUUCGUCUUCGCUUUCUACGUAUUAGUACAACUGCUACAUCAUAAUAAUGUAUCCUCCAAAAGGCAUCUACAUAAGAAGUUUUUUCAGGCAAAUACGAUCGGGUUUCUCCGCGAGUACUUGUGGC